AUGCCUCGAUUACAAGUACGAUUGGGCUAUUUGCGCUCGGCUAGACGACCGUUUACCCCUGGACGGCAGUACUCCUCCCAACCACCUCCAAAGCACACAAGCGAAGAUAUAGCUGCUCUCCUCUCGAAACCAACAUGGUCUAUCCGAAGUCUCCUCCCCAAUACCCACGAUCCGACUAUUCCAUUAUCAAUAACUCCUCAGAAACUUCACCAUCUACUUCGUCUGUCGGCGCUUCCGCAACCGGUCGAUAAAGUGGAGGAAACCUCUAUGCUCAGAACUCUCGAAGCUCAGAUACAUUUCGUCAAGUCGAUUCAGGAUGUAGAUAUAAAGGACGAUUCGCCACUCCGAGCCAUUCGAGAUGAGAGUCGCGAGGCAAUUAAGGAAUCUACUAUAAGCUUGGAGACAUUGAAAGAAGCACUAGCUAAGGAGGAAGUGGUCGGUCGCAGAAAGAAAAUAGAGCGCCGGACUACAACUCUUGAAGAUGGAGAUGCUAGCCAUAUUGAGAGCGACCAAUGGGAUGAAAACACUUUGGGAUCUGCUUCAAGGACAGCCGGGAGAUUUUUUGUCGUUCAAAAGUCAUCAUGGCUUGUCCGAUUUCCUGUCCGACUCCCAGCGAGGGAAUCUGAUGGUACUUAUCUCGGUUGUCUUGGAGCACAUGCGGAAAAAAUAUUGGAAAGCUUCGAAGCGCUCCAUGUCUCCAAGGAACUGUCACCAAAGCCAGAAAUUCAAGAUACGCCCAACUCGAACAAAUCUGGCGAUGUUUCUCUAUCUAAUAAGACCGAGGAAAUCAUACAAAAUGCGGUUGGCUUGGACCCUAAGUCGAGAUCAGAAGUCCUCGCGUACUUUGACGAAUGGCAGAACUCGGUAUUACUGCGGGUAGGGCAGGUUGUAGAUGGGCGCGAAGAGUCAGAAGAUGGUCAGGUUCAAGUCGACAAAUUUCCUAAAGAACCCGCGGAACCGGAACGAAAGACGCUAAAUCGAUUACAGCAAGUAUAUCCACCACUUGAUACACCGCUUCGAGACACACUCAAGGCACAAAGACUACUUAUCCUUCGGUCUCUAUUACUUCUACUUUUGGGUCUAGAGCAUUACAAUGCAUACUCACGCGUACUUUUAUUGCAUAUCACCUCCUCAUUAAACCUACAGCUCAGUGAUAUAAACGACAAUGAAGCCAAGAUAGCACGUGGACUUCUCGACGCUGCAGUAGCAAUGACAGCAGACGAAAAAACUAAAAGGAAAGCAGCAGAAAACCAGAAUCUUCGAAAAUGGAAAGUUGGAAUUGCCACAGUAGCUGGUGCCGCUCUUAUAGGGAUUACCGGUGGUCUAGCUGCGCCUUUGGUAGCAGCUGGACUUGUUACUGUAAUGGGUGGACUAGGACUCGGUGGAACCAUCGCUGCUUCUUACCUUGGAGCACUCACAAGUAGUGGAGUGGUGGUGGGUGGUCUUUUUGGAGCGUACGGCGGAAAAAUGACCGGCAAGGUGAUAGAUAGAUAUGCUCGUGAGGUCGAGGACUUUGUCUUCAUCCCUAUACGAGGGAAAUCGGCAAAGAAAUUAAAAGAUGAAAAAGAAGCUGCAAAGGAAGAUCAUUGCUUGAGGGUCAAUAUCGCCUCGACCAAGUAUCAAUCGCUUUGCCCGUUUGUUAAUCAAGGAAGCCAGACAAGGCCAUCCAUCCGGCGUGCUUAGAAUAUGAUUGUGACGUAUCGUAGUAAAGUACUCCUGUAACACUGUCGUUCUUGAUCUAGUACCAUGGUACCACGAAUAAUUGAGGUUGCUUCGUUCUUCUGC